AUGUUGAUGGGUUUGCAGUCCCCCGCUCAUUGGCUCGCCGCCGCCGCCGAGAGCCCCAAUGGGUCCCUGGGCAAUCAUAACCUCAAUGAUCUUCAGCUCGGCGCCGCAUCCGGGCCCGCACGUCGGCCACCGCCUCGGACUUCUCGGGCUCCAUCAGCUGAGGCCUCGACGGAGCACGCAGUGCCCGUCGCCCUCCAAACCGACGAGCUCUCGGCAUCCGACCAGGACCUUCUCAGCUGGAUCAACAACAAGAUCCGGGCCCGCAAGUCGGCCACCACCUCGGAAUUCUCGGGCUCCAUCCGCAACAGCCACGUGCUUGUCCGGCUCAUCGAGGCUCUCACUAGGGCCGACUCCAGUCUCUCCAUCAGGGACUUCCUCGGCGCCUCCCAUCUCACUCAGCUCGAGCUCCAUCGCCCUGCUGGCCCGGAUACUCCCUCUGGCACCAAACCUCAACCAGUGCCCUUCCCAACCUCGAAUGACUCGCACGCCUUUGGCUUUGAGUUGGAAUUACGACUGGGUUCACAACGCGAACACCACGGCAACGACGCCACCAACACCGCCAUGAAACCAAUAGCAUCAAAAGAAUUUCGCUACCCGAGAUAA